AUGUCUUGGUGGGGUCAAAAUCCUUUUGAUGAAAUAGUUGAAAAAGCAACUUCUGAAUUAUUACCAGGAGGACAGGAAGAUAUUGUAUUAAACUUAGAAAUAAGUGACCAAAUUCGUAGUAAAAAAGUAAAUGCCAAAGAUGCUAUGCGCUCGAUUAAAAAAAGAUUAGGACAUAAAAAUCCUAAUGUUCAACUUGCAACUAUUUCUCUUGUGGAUACUUGUGUAAAGAAUGGAGGCGAAUUAUUUGUUAGAGAAGUUGCAUCAAGAGAAUUCAUGGAUGAGCUUGUAUCUAUUUUAAAAGCACCUACUGGAUGUAACCUCGAUGUUAAAAACAAAAUUUUGAAUGUAAUUCAAAUCUGGGGAUUAGCUUCGAAAAAUAAACCUAGUUUAAGCUACAUGUAUGAUACCUAUGCUCUUUUAAAGGCUGAAGGCAUGCAAUUUCCUCCAGUAAAUGAAAAUAUAGAUGGAAUUUUAUUGGAAACUUCUAGUCAUCACUGCCGUAAUUGUGGUGGUACUUUUUGUCAACAAUGUUCAUCAAAAACAAUGCCUUUACCCAAAUUAGGUAUCAACGAAUCAGUUCGUGUUUGUGAUGGUUGUUAUAUUAAAUUGAAGUUGGAUAAGGCGACUCUCAACAAGCCAAUAUCAUCAGCUCCAGAAACAACAAAGCAAACUACAAGUAAUGAGGAUGAUUUAGAUGAAGAUAUGAAGAAAGCGAUUGAACUUUCUUUAAAAGAAGCUGAGCAACAAAAAAAUAAUUACAGUGCAGGUUAUGUAUCUAAUAAUCAAACGAAUAACAGACACGAAUCAUCCAUUGAAGACGAUCCUGACCUGGCAGCUGCUAUUGCCGCUUCUUUACGUGACCUUGAGAUAUCUAAGCAACAACAGAAGGAAGUUGUUUCUCAAGAUUCAGCUGUAGUGCAACAGAUACAUCAAAAUGAUUUAUCACCCAUUGAAAUGGAAAAUAUUCUGUUAUUCUCUACUUUGAUGGAUAGAGUGUAUGCUACAGGAGAAGAUAUUUCAAACGAUCCUCAAAUUAAUCAAUUAUAUACUCAAAUCGGUACUUUACAGCCCAAGCUUGUGCAAAGUUUAAAUGAAACAAUUCAUAAGCGUAAUUCCUUUAUUGAACUUCAUGAGAAAUUAAAUAGGGUGGUUAGAUCAUAUGAUCGUUUAUUGGAAGAAAGAAUAGCUGGUAUUAGUCAAGGAUCCAGCUAUAAUAUACCUGAGCAACAUUAUCAGCCACAAACAUUAUAUCAUCAGCCACAACAAAAUUAUAAUUAUAUGACAUCAUCUGAGCAUGACACAAAUAAAUACUAUCCUCCUCCUACUGUGAAUAAUCAAGACAUAAAUCAAUAUUAUUAUUCUGCUCCUCCUCAUUAUCAAGUCGCUUCACCAACUCAAUCUAAUACCGAGCAAAAGAAGCCUGUGGAAGAAGCUCCAUUAAUUGAUUUAUAA